GUUGUUGCCGCCGCUGGGGCUGCUGCAGUCUCCGCAGGCUCCACCACCUGCCGCCGGGGCUCUGGGCCAGGGCAUUUGCUCCUUUUCCGGCCCGGCACGCCCAUGUUCGGGGUUACGCACAGUGGGGCCCGCCGGGUGGCUGCGGCGUGGUGAGAGGGUGGCGUAGGGACGAUGGAGGCCCCGCACGGCUGCUGCAGGCCCGGAGGUCUCCUGGCCCCCUUCGUCAUUCUGCUGGUACUGCCCACACUGAGCGGGCCCGGGUCGCCGCUGUGGCCGGCAGCCGAGGCCGCGCCAGGUCCCGGACCUCCUGACCCCGGGCCGCGGACGCUGCCGCUGCUGCCUCCCGGCCCCACCGCCGCCCAGCCGCCUGGCCUCUCUCAAGCGGAAGCCACUAGGCCUCGAAGCGCGGAGGGCGGCAAUGGCAGUAGCCCCGGGGAGGGGCCUGAGGCCGACGGCCCCGGAGGGAAGGCCGGGGAAGGCUCUGUGGGUGGCAGCCUGGCUGUGAGCCCCAACCCUGGCGACAAGCCCAUGACCCAACGGGCUCUGACUGUGUUGGUGGUGGUGAGCGGCGCGGUGCUGGUGUACUUCGUGGUCAGGACGGUCAGGACAAGAAGAAGAAACCGAAAGACUAGGAGAUAUGGAGUUUUGGACACUAACAUAGAAAACAUGGAAUUGACACCUUUAGAACAAGAUGAUGAGGAUGAUGACAACACAUUGUUUGAUGCCAAUCAUCCUAGAAGGUCAUUUGAGGAUCUGUUCCUCACGGGUCACAUGGACUUGGGAGGAGCUCCUGGCUCCUUUCUUUUACCAGUUCCACCUGUGAUGAUGAGAAUGUGCCUUUGAUGAGAAGACCUCAUUUCUCCACCAUGAAGAGCAGAAUUUCUAGUUUAAGGAAUAAGAAGCCACUAUAUCAAGGGGAGGGGUAUUUAAGCUGCAUACAUUUUGACAACCUUUACGUUGUUGUUGUGGCAAUAAGUAUUGUAUCAUUUUCUUAUAUCCUUAUAUGUACAGAAGUGCUCUAUAAUGGGCACCAUUGUUAGGGAAGACUAUACUGUAUGUUUUCUGUUUGAAAAUUUCUUUAAAAUGGCAUUUUCUGAAGGGUGUUUUUCCUUUCUUACUGUAUUGUAGUUUGUUUUCUUUUAUAUACGAAUUAUUUGCUGUUAAUUACUUUUGCUGUUUUCAUAAUUUAAGAACUCUAAACUGCAACAAACAACUGGUGUGUAAAUAUAUUUAAAAUUCUCCUUUACUAAAAUAUAUUUCCCAUUUUUGUGGGGAAUAGAAGCCAAAUGUAUUGUGUUGUUUUUGAGUUUUUAAUAUAGUAGUAAUUGUAUGCAAAACAAUAAAUAUGAUUUAAAAUUAAAGUGGUACAGAUGAAGUGUGUUUACAAAAUAAAUUUAAGUACUACAUAAUUA